CAGCAGCGUCAGCUAGCCUACCAGUACGAUACGGCUGCGUGCGACGAGCGAGUUGGUACCACCGGCUGCGAGCGACUUGCCAUAUAUCAUAUCCAUCCAGAGCUCCCCUGGCCCUGGUUGACUUGUUUGGCUAGGUGCCUCCUUCCAUUGGCCAUGGCCAUGGCCUCCUUGUCCCGGUUUGGUGCCUGAUCGCUCGACCUCAACUGACUCAUCGCUCCGUCGUCUAUAAUAUAUAGCUGCUGCUGCUGCUGCCGUCCCGGUCGGACAGCGGAUGAGUGCCGCUGCACUGGUGGCGAUCCAGCUGGGAGCGAAAGGGGCGCAAGCAGGAAGACCGAGAUGGCGGCGGCGGGGCCGAGGAGGGCCGGCGCCCGGUUCCUUCUCGCGCGGGGCAUCGGGAGCAGCGUCGCCCAUGUGCAUUCCUUGGGCCGCGGCGGCGGCGGCGUUACAAUGCCGCGCGCGUUGCUGGCGGACUCGGCGCCCGCGUCCGCGCCGGCGAUGACCGGGAGGGCCCCGCCCGCGGCCUCGUCGUCCGCCUCCGCCGCGGCGUCGAGGAUCACGCCGGCGGUGCUGUUCGUCACGGUGGUCCUGGCCGUGGUGCUGCUCGUCUCCGGCCUGCUCCACGUCCUGCGCCGCCUCUUCCUCAAGAGCCACCACGCCGGCGCCGGCGCCGGGGAGCGCCACCUGCAGCACCUCUUCUUCCCCGCGCACGACGACGGCGCGGGCGCCGGCUCCGGGUCCGGCUCAGGCGCAGGCGGCGGCGGCGGCCUCGGCCAGGACGCCAUCGACGCGCUCCCGGAGUUCGCGUACGGGGAGCUGUCCGGAGGAGGCGCCGCCGCCGCCGCCCCCGCAAGCAGGAAGGGCAAAGAGAAGGCGGCCGGGCCGUUCGACUGCGCCGUGUGCCUCUCCGAGUUCGCGGACCACGACCGCCUCCGCCUGCUCCCGCUGUGCGGCCACGCGUUCCACGUGGCCUGCAUCGACGUCUGGCUCCGCUCCAGCGCCACCUGCCCGCUCUGCCGCACCAAGCUCUCCGCGCGCCACCUCGUCGCCGCAGCCGCGGACGCGCCAGCGCCAGCAUCCGUCGCCCCGGACGUCGGGGAGCAGAGGCCGCAGCGGGACCACGCGCCAGAAGCCGCCGAGGCCGCCAGCAGCAGCGUCGUGCUCCCGGUUAGGCUCGGCCGGUUCAAGAACGCCGACGCCGAAUCCGCCGAGGCCGAGUCCAGCAACGGCGGCGCCACCAGCCGCGUCGAGCGGCGGAGGUGCUACUCGAUGGGCUCCUACCAGUACGUGGUCGCCGACGAGCACCUGCUGGUCUCGGUGCACCUGCGGCACGGCACCAGCGCCGCCGUAGCCGCCUCGAGCGGCGUCGACGGCGACGACCGGCAGCAGCAUCAGGGCAAGAAGGUGUUCGCGCGCGGCGACAGCUUCUCCGUGUCCAAGAUCUGGCAGUGGCGCGGCAGCAAGCGGCUGCCGGGCGCCCUGUGCGCCGACGACGGCCUGCCGUGGGCGCCGGCCAAGGACGAUCGCGCCAGCGCCUGCACGAGGCAACGCGGCGACACUUGAUCAUUCAUUCACACGGUAGUAGACAGACAGACAGCCGACACACACACAUGUAUGUGUCUAGCUUCUCCUUUUUUUUCGCUAGCGGCUUGGUAGAAUUUUGGGUGAUCUUGAUCCGAAUCCUUCUGUACAAUAUAUGUGUUUCAUUCAGGAUAUCGUAGUUUCAUGAGUC